AUGGGUCUCAACAAUCCUGUACCCAGGAGUCUUAAAAGCGAGACAAAAAAAGCUGCCAAAGUUUUGGUGAGUUUCAUUAAACCCAACCAGGUGCUGGGGACUGACCAAAUUAUUCCACCUCAUGUACUCAAGAAGGCUAAGGGUCUUGCCAUCAUCACUGUGAUAAAAGCUGGGUUCCUUUUUUCAGGUAGAGCAGGUUCAGGUGUUAUCGUGGCUAGGUUACCUGACGGAACAUGGUCAGCGCCAUCUGGUAUCGGAAUGGCAGGUGCCGGUGCUGGUGGUUUAAUCGGAGCUGAAUUAACGGAUUUUGUCUUUAUUCUAAACAAUCAACAAGCUGUCGAUUCGUUUUCGAGAGCUGGUACUUUAACACUUGGUGGUAAUAUUUCUGUCGCAGCUGGUCCUCUCGGUAGAAAUGCUGAAGCGGAUGCAGCUGCUUCCGCAGGUGGUGUUGCCACAGUUUUCACUUACUCAAAGACUAAAGGUCUAUUUGCAGGUAUUUCCGUCGAAGGUUCUGCUAUUGUAGAGAGAAAAGAUGCCAAUAGAAAGUUCUAUGGUGCUAGUGUUUCCGCUAAACAAAUUUUAAGUGGUAGAGUGAGGCCACCACCAGCAGCAGAUCCAUUGUUCAGAGUUUUAGAAUCAAGGGCAUUCAAUUUUAGAGUUCCAGAUGAAUCGUACGCUGAUAGUUUCUAUGACGACAUUCCAGAAUCGUUUGAUUCUUCCGACGCCGACACUAUGGGACCUGGCGGCAGAUCUAAUGGACGUCGUGGUUAUGGCCGUUACGAUGAUGACUUUUACAGUUCUGAUGAUGACUUUGGUGGUAGUAGUGGCCGUUAUGGCAGAGGUCCUCCACCAGAUAGAUUCGACAGGAGAGGUGAUCCACCAGACAGAUUUGAUCGAUACGGCGGUGGGAGCCGCGGUCGUCGUAGCAGUUAUGAUGAUCCAAAUGGUGUUAAUGAGUACUAUAGAUCUCAAAUGCGGGGUCGCCCUAGAGGUGGUAGUUCACGUUGGGAUGACGCUCCUUCUGAGAAGGAUCGUUUCGAUAAGGGAAGUGAUCGCUACGAUCGUUAUGGCGAUAAAUAUGAUCGUUACGACAGGGAUGUUGAUGAUUUAUCCAAUAGAUUUUCAAGAUCAAGGAUUUCAUCUGGUGGACCGGCUUCAAGCGGUCGCGCACCAAGAAAUGAAAAAGCAGAAUUCGGUGCUGCAUCUCCAUCAGCAGGGGAUACUUUCUCCAAUACUCCAAAAGCUGUUGCAUUAUAUACUUUUAGUGGUGAAGAAUACGGGGAUCUGCCAUUUAGAAAAGGUGAUGUGAUCACCAUUUUGAAAAAAUCCGACUCUCAAGAUGAUUGGUGGACAGGUAGAGUUGGUGGUAGAGAGGGUAUUUUCCCAGCAAAUUACGUGGAAUUGGUGUAA